GUGGCAUCCAGUUGAGCUUCAGUGUGAUUCAGUGACGUUAAGGACGUUUCUUGCCAUGAGAAAACUGUAAAAAUGAUCUAUUUGCCAACAAACGUUGGAGUACUUUCGUCUGAAGUGACUUUAUCGGUAGCAAAUGUUCCGCUAAAUUCCCUCGAAGGCGCACUUGAAAAGUGAAGGCGCAAUAAUUAGGCUAUCGCGUGUGCCCAGCAGGAGCACUUGCGAAGAUUAUAAGUUCCACGCGAUGCGCCCCGUAUUGCACACUCGUUCGUCAACUUGAACUAGAUAGAGACCUUAUUGAUAACUGUUUAGUAAUAAAUAAAUAAAAUGGUUCACAUAACGGUGGUUAUAUUUUUUUCGGUCAUUUUGUGUAUGAUAAGUGAGAUUUUUGGAGCGGCGUUGAAUAGCGGGGAAGAUGAAUCCACGACCCGAAUCGUGGGCGGAGAAGAUGCUAAGCAAGGAGCAGCACCAUUCCAGGUUUCAUUGCAAACAUUGUAUGGGCAUAAUUGUGGAGGCGCUAUCAUCGAUGAUCGUUGGGUGCUAACUGCUGCACACUGUAUUGUCAACCGCAAACCCGGGGACCUUAAGGUGCUGGUUGGAACGAAUGACCUCAAUGAAGGUGGUGAAAGUUUUAAGGUGGAUUUUCUUGUUCACCAUAGCCGAUACAAUAUGCCUGCAUACCACAACGACAUUGGCCUGGUUCGGUUAGCUACGAGUUUAACUUAUAGCAACCUCAUUAGUCCAAUCGAAUACUCGGAAAAGUGUGUCCCUGAUAAUGCAACCAUCACGCUGACCGGCUGGGGACGACUUUCGGCCGGGGGAGUGGCGCCCAACAAGCUGCAGACCAUCAAUCUGCUCAAUGUGGAUCACGAGCGCUGUCGAAGCCUGCACGGCGAUGAUCCUAACGUAGAUAUUGGCCAUCUGUGCACGUUUACCAAGAGAGGCGAAGGUGCAUGUAAUGGUGAUUCUGGAGGCCCGCUAACAUGGGAAGGAAAAUUGGUCGGACUUGUUAACUGGGGUAUUCCCUGCGGUCGUGGAUAUCCGGAUGCUCAUGCCAGAGUUUCUUACUAUCACGAUUGGAUUCGCACAAAUGUCGCAAACAACAGCGAGUGAAUGUCAAACUCCUCGGUCGAAAUAAACAAAUUGCACCUUUA